AAGUCUCGGGUCUAAUUUUGCAGCCAGCUGCUUCCAAAAACUAAGUUGGCUAAAUUUGGUAUUUUAACUCCCCAUUAAGCACUGAAAAUGUAUUUUUGUCUAAUUCUUUACCGAAAUUGCCCAGUGUGCGUAACAGUCAGAAGCUCCAUGUUUCCAAACAUUCCAACCCUGGCUCUGAGUCACGGAUAUAUCUGCCAACUUUUUGAAUAGGAAAAGGGCAGGGCAGAGUUGUCUUUGCUGGCCGCCGCAUCCGCUGCCGCCUGCUCCUCGACCCCGACCCGGCAGCUGAACCGAGAGGCAGAGUGCAGCUUCCGGAGCUCACACAGCCACACCGCGGCCAAGCGACAGGCGAAAUGCCGCCGACCGAAGGCCUGGCCCGACCGUCAUCCGGCGUGUCGACGCUCGACCAGCCGUGCGCUGUUUGCAAUGUCCCUGCUGCCGGCUACCACUUCGGCGCCUUCACGUGCGAGGGCUGCAAGUCAUUCUAUGGCCGGACAUACAAGCGAACGGAGAGGGUCGAACCCUGCCGCUUCAACAAUCAGUGCGACAUCACGGGUAGGAAUCGCACCUCGUGCAAGAGCUGCCGUAUGCUCAAGUGCAAGAUGGUGGGCAUGAGCCGGGCGCACUCGCGGUACGGCAGGCGCUCCAACUGGUUCACGAUGAACGUGGCCAACGCCAGCGCGCCCGCUACCCCGGCCGUCCGUCAGCAGGUCGACCAGCUUCUGGACCAGGAGCGCCGUGACGUACAGCGCCACGCCGAGCGCUUCCGGCAGCUGCAGCAGCUGCGCCGCGAAACGGCUGCCGCUACACAGAACGGCGAGCUGCUGUUCCCGGAGGAGACGCCGAACCCUGGCAAGCCGCGGCUGCCGUCCGACAGCCUGGACGAGCAGCCGCUUGACGAGGGCACCCGGUACCCGCAGGUGGCACCGGUGCGCGAUCUGAACCAGCCGGUCGUGCUGAAGUUCAUCCAGAAGAUGUACCCAGCUCCAGACGACAUGGCCGGCGUGCUGGACCUCUCCGUCGGCGGGAGGGACGCUCACGCGUUCAGUGAAGAUGAACAAGAGCAGCCGCUGGAUCUCUGUAUGCGUGGCUGA